AUGCGUGCAUUCUUUGUGUUGUGUUUGGCUACUGUGGCUUAUGCCGAUAAAUUGGGCUACAACUAUCGCCCAGUAGGACACUCUGACUCCGGACUGUCCUUUGCACCAGGUGGCUCCUCAGGACUCGGUGGUCUCGGCGGUAGUGGCGGUUUAGGAGGCAGCGGUGGUCUCGGUGGAUUGGGUGGAUUAGGUAGCGGUGGCAGCCUUGGUGGACUAGGAGGCAGUGGUGGUCUUGGAGGAAGUGGUAGCGGUCUUGGUGGACUCGGUGGUUCAAGUGGCGGUUUGGGUGGUCUUGGCGGUUCAGGUGAUAUCGGUAACUCCGGCAGCGUAGGACCAUCAUACUCAGCUCCCGCAGCUCCCGCUGAAUUCAAUAAGGAAUUCUUCUCCUACACUGCUCCCGAAGAAGAAUUCAAUGAUGCUGAUGCCGGUCAAGAUAUUGCCAACUCACUGAAAAAGAACCUCCGUGUUAUCUUCAUCAAGGGACCCGAAAACCGUGGACUCGAAAACGCUGCCCUCCAAUUGGCUAAACAUGCUGCUGAAGACCAAACCGCCAUCUAUGUUUUGCAGAAACAAAGCGAUAUCGGAGAUUUGGCUAAGAAACUCAACUCUAUCAACAGCCAGAGCGCACACAAACCCGAAGUACACUUCGUCAAAUACCGCACACCUGAAGAUGCUGCCAACGCUCAACGUGCUAUCCAAUCCCAAUACGACCAAUUGGGCGGUCCUUCGCAAUCGCACGAUGGUGGUGCCGCACCAGUGCACAACUUCGCAUCGCAAGCUCCAGUUCAAGCACCCGAAGUGCAUGCUCCCCGCAACUCCUACUUGCCCUCUUCCAUCAUCCGUGUUUAA